AUGGCCCCGGAAGCUCCGAAGAAGAAGGUCGAGUGGCCUCCCGCCGUCCGCGAAUACGUUAGGCGUGCUUUCGAUCCGCAAAACGCCAUCCCAGGCAUCUCCCAAGCAGACAUGCAGGCGCGAUUAAAGACAACCAUCGGUUGGUUCGCCGAGCGCAACUCGCACGACACUGUUCAUUGGCCUACAUUCCCUCUUCCCCAAGAGCUUCUCAUGGAAGAACGAAGGGCGGCGGCUCUUGGAAUGCCUGCUACUGCUGUUCCCAACGGCAUACACCCUGCAUACAUGAAUGGCUCAGCCGCACACACUAACACAUCUCCAACGCAAUCAAAGAAGCGCAAUGCCCACGAAGCUGAGGAUGCACAAGUCGAGCAAACACAAGCCAAUGUUCCACCGUGGCGCAAAACUAACCUAGCAUCUCGUAUGACCUUUGCCGACGGACACAACGAAAAGCGCCAGAAGAAGAACGCCCUCUCGGAUGCCGCAAGUAAGUUUGACCAGGCUGAGCUUGACAAGCGACGACAGCGCUUCCAGCUCGGCAACAAUGGCACCAAGACGACCCCAUGGGGCUCAUCGCGUAAGGAUGAAGACGAAAUGCCCACUGGACCUGUUGUUGGAACGAACGAAAAUCUCGAGAAAAGCUACUUCCGCCUUACGGCCCCACCCAAAGCUGAAACCGUCCGACCGCUCCACGUGCUCAAGAAGACCUUGGCCAUGCUUGUGGAGAAGUGGAAGGCGGAAAAGAACUACAACUACAUCUGUAAUCAAUUCAAGUCACUCCGCCAGGAUCUUACUGUUCAGCACAUCAAGAACGCCUUUACUGUCAAGGUGUAUGAGAUCCACGCCCGGAUAUCAUUAGAAAAGGGGGAUUUGGGUGAGUAUAAUCAGUGCCAGACGCAGCUGAAGGCACUGUAUGCGCAGAACUUGGGAGGCAACCCGGCUGAGUUCAAGGCGUACCGCAUUCUCUACUUCGUAUAUACGUGCAACAAGACCGAUAUGAACGACAUGUUGGCAGAAUUAACCCUCGCAGACAAAUCCCACCCAUGGAUCAAGCAUGCUCUGGACGUUCGGUCUUCGCUUGCCCUUGGCAAUUAUCAUAAGUUUUUCAGACUGUACCUCGAAGCAGAGAACAUGGGCGCUUAUCUCAUGGACAUGUUCGUCGAGCGUGAGCGCCUCAAUGCUCUAGCUAAUAUGUCCAGAGGAUAUGUAAAUGUCACACUCCGCUUCCUCACUGACGAACUUGGUUUCGACAACGAUGAGAUAUGCCGUGAAUUCCUCGAAACCCACGGUGCACAGAACGUCAUUGAAGACAAAGGCGAUGGUCAAUAUCGUGUCAGGAUCCGAGAAGCCGCAUCUCAAUUCGAAAGCCUGCGUGCCGCCGCAUUCAGCAAAGUAGACAUCAAGGGCCAAAUAUGA